AUGAAAUUCGGAUCCAAGAUACAGGACAAAUCGGUCCCGGAAUGGAGACUCAAUAACAUCGACUACAAGGCUCUGAAAGAAGCGGUGAAGCAGGCCACCACGUUCAGAGCAGACAAAGAGCACACGGAGAGCUGGCAGGCAGACCAGGAAUUGCAGACGUUGCGCAAGACGCUACAGGAGGAGUUUGGGAGGAUCAACGCUUUUGUGAGUCUCAAGGUCAAAGAGGCGUCGACCAGGCUGGUUUCGGUGGAGUCGUCGAUCGUCAAGCUGCAGCGUCGGCAGGCCGAGGGUGCGCGAAGAAAUUCCAAGCGGCAGCUGGAGCUAGUGCGACUGCACCUGGACCACUGCAACACGGAGCUGCUGCGUAUCUGUCGGUUUCUGAUUUUGCAGAAGAUCGCGUUGCGCAAGCUGUUGAAGAAGUUCCGCAAGUACUACCCUUACGGGCUGCCCAAGGCGCAGGCGUUUGUCCAGGACCUCAAGCGGUGUCCGCAGCUGGUGGACGGUGAAGACGGGAUCUCGUUUGUCAACGUGGACCUCGACCCGUACCUGCUGGAGAUAUCGCUGGUGAUCGAUGUGCUGCACGAACUGGAGGAGUCGCAGAAGAAGACGAAGGUGGGGCUGGCGGAGGACACGGAGAUGGUAGCCGAGGAACUUAAUGACGCCAACUCCUCGGCCUCCAGACCACGGCCCGUGAGCACCCGGGCGACGUUCGACGCCGUGUUCCUCGGGAAGGCGUCCCGGCUCCAGUCGUUCCUGGUGUCGGAGGAAAGCAUUGCACAGGCCAAGUUUCUCCUGCUACAGCUGGGAUUUCACGUGGUGGACGACGACAUGGCCACCGCGUCCCAGAAAAGUAUCCAGAACACGCACCCGACCAAGCUGACCAACUUGUCUUCCACGGGCAGGUCUCCCCGUUCUUUCCAAGAACUGCAUUUGGCGCUUGAACCUGAUCAAGACACCAACCCACUUGGUGCGCUAUCCGAGGUGAAAAGUGCCCAACCUGUGGUCAUCACCCUUUUCGACACUCAACCCGUACCACGCUUCAUGGAAGACGAAGCUGUGAACCAGUAUCCUAAUUUGAUGAUGAAAAACCCAGAGGACACAAAUUGCGUGGUAAUGUGCCAUGUUGGGGGUCUCAGAAACCAUAUCAUCGCCGAUAACGUUUCUUACAGCCAGUACCAGGCGUCCUUUAACAACACUGAACCCGAUGACGACGGCUCUGCAAGAACCAAGCCAUUAUCCCCCAUGGACAAGCUGUGCAUAGAGUGGCUCAAAUCUCACUCUGUCGAAGAGUGUAAACCAACCAUAUCCACCAGAAGGACUAGGUUUUCUAAGGCCCGAACUGAGGGCCAGGACUUUCAAUACUACGUUUGCGUGGAUGAAGACAUUUCUAUAGAUGGGUCAAGUGUCCCACAUGCCUUGCUAGAAAUCCGCAGAAUUCCACCUCAUGGUCACAAGGGCCCCGCAAAAUUCAACGACGACCAAUUCAUUGUGACGCUCAUAGGAAAAUUUCUAGACUUUAAUUUAGUGUGUUGUCCAUUGGCCAAAGAUUUGACCCUUUGGAAGCUCUUAUUCAAGGUGAACAGCACAUCUAUUGCCGAAAGUGAUUUGGUACAGGCUAUCCAGCCUACGCUGAACCCUCCUUCCGGCGACACACUAUUUGCGAUGGGUGCCGAAGAACUUCUGAAGACUGUCGCGAAGCAAAAACCAACUAGGAGCGGUCUGAACACUAAAAAAGCUUUGUCUACCAAGAAGAGCACAUUGUCUUCGCCAGAGUCACAGGCACAGAGAAUAAGAUACUGGAAUGAGUUUGAUGAUGGAGACGAAGCGGGACAAGGAGGUGACAGUUUUUACCUUGACGAGGAGAUGCAGGCCGAGGGUCAUGACAAUGAAGGGCUUAUCAUUCUCAAUAGAAGCUUCGUUAACGCAAUGUACGACUUUUCUGAAAGCUUACGGCAUCUGUUCACAUGUGCAGGGAAUGACGCUCCAACAAGACCCUUACUAUCAGAUAGUCUUCACGGGCUCUCAUUGGGUAGCGUGUCAUCUUUUGGAACUUUGAGCACAUCGCAAAGUGCUAAUAAAGACUUUGAGCGAUACAUGGGCUAUACCGAACAACAAGAAAACUCUGAUUACGCUUACGAAUACAAGCACGACCACGUUGUAACGCUGUUUUACUUGACUUCACUUUUAAUUUCGUCCAUAACCUCUGGGAUCUCACUGGGAAUUAUAGUCUCGAUCUUUAGGGAGCUUUCCGAUGAUCUCGUUAUGGGUCCUGGUACCGGCGUAGCCACCAUAAUUGUGACCACAUUAUUGGUAUCUUUGCUACUGAGUUGCUCUAGUCUCCUACUUCUGUUCAGUCGCUAUAACAUGGCACCUUGGUGGCACUACACUACUUGCUUUCUGAUCUUUUUCGUUGUGGCAUGCACCGUCUGUUACGGUAUGAUAGAAAUAUUCUUAUAA